AUGCGUCAAGUGGAGAUGAUCUUGAGGAUGAUGCAUGCUCGAUGUUUCAUAGUUCGCCAGCUUCAAGUCCGAGAGUUUGAUCAAGCAGAGAUUGCAGAGAAUGUAAUUUGGCUUGCCACAGCUGCAGGCAUUGUAUGCUUUGGUGAUUCGAAAUCCAACCUGAUGUUGCCGUUUUAUAUUGGGAUGGUGGCCGUGGUUUUGAAUAUUAUCAUCUUGCCGUUAUACAAGUAUGUCAGCAUGGAGUGUCAGGUGAACAGUUAUAGUACUUGUGGCAACUGUGUAAUUACUCUAUUCAAGUUCCAGUUCAGGCUGUUUAUGGUAGGCAUGGUAAUAUUUCAGUACAUUAUAAUUGGGAUAUGUAGGAAACAACAUGAUGCGCUGCGUACAGAUAAUGCCUCCUCAGAUAGUGAGAAACAAUACUAA